UCCGUUGGAAGUACAUGAUUGUUGAUGAGGGUCACCGUAUGAAGAACCACCAUUGUAAGCUGACCCAGGUGUUGAAUACCCAUUAUGUGGCCCCACGGCGCCUCCUCCUGACGGGCACGCCACUGCAGAACAAGCUCCCUGAGCUCUGGGCCCUGCUCAACUUCCUGCUGCCGACCAUCUUCAAGUCCUGCAACACUUUCGAGCAGUGGUUCAAUGCCCCCUUUGCCAUGACCGGGGAGAGGGUGGACUUGAAUGAGGAAGAGACAAUCCUGAUUAUCCGCUCUCCACAAGGUGCUCCGCCCUUUCCUGCUCAGACGACUCAAGAAGGAGGUGGAGUCCCAGCUUCCAGAGAAGGUGAGAGGGUGGAGUAUGUCAUCAAGUGUGAUAUAUCGACCAUCCAGAGGGUUCUGUACCGUCACAUGCCAGGGCAGAGGAAUCCUCUCACCGAGUGGAUCGGAGAAAGACAAGAAGGGUAA